CGGGUUUUUAGCUCCAAGCAGAUCAGCCGUUGCUGUUCAUGUCUUCCAGUCCAUACAUGGCAUUUGUGUUUGUGUUGGCACGCCUUGGCCUUUUUUCCUGCUUCGCUAGAGCGUGGGUGGACAAGGCGUCCACGGUGAAGCUCGUUACAAAACAACCCCUAGCAGCUUGCCUCAUCGGGAUUCGCCAGGUCGGCUGAGCAAUUCUGCCGCAGUUGUCAACGCGCCAUGGCUAAUAGACUCACAACAAUUAGUAUUCUGCCGCAACAGUUAGCAACGGUGCCAAUGCGCCGAGGGGCCAAUGAGCGCACUAACAUUCCUCAGGCUACCUGUAACGUCUGCGGACGGAACCCUAGAGUGUAGAAACGCAUUCCGCUGCGCCUCUGGGUAACCUCGUUUUUGACCCAGUGGGUAGCGAGGCGUUAUACUACCUCACAGCUCAACCUCUUCCUCCUCGUGAUGAAGUCAUUGCCGCUGGUGAUCUUUUGCGAAAGAGCAGCGCUUGGAUCAUGGCGGUGGGUAGCCGAAUCCAAGUGCGCGGAGCUUAUCGCAGCAUCGUGCUCCGUGGCCAUACCCACCAGCGAAGCAGCAGUACUGCCAGCGCGGCAGCAGGGCGGCGAGGGCAGCCGAGCAGCACAGCAGCUGCUAGAUACUCGAGGGAGCUGGCUUGUCGAGUCGAUUCGCUGACAGCAUGUCGCCUUUCUGGGGAUGAUGACAUCAUGGCGUCAUCGUCCAAUGGCCGACAUCAUAAUUCCGAGUGGUCACAACUCACGACUCACAACUCGCGACUCACGACUCUCGCUCUUUCGUGAUCGGCACGCCUCGGUCUUUUGUAUCCGAUGCCUCGAAUCCCUGAAAGCUUAUCAGGAGAUUCGAGGUAGAGCAAAAAACGCUUUUCCACGCAGCGUUCCGCUAGUUUCCUUGGACCUCGGACGGCUUGUUUCCAAAAGGUGGAGAUAUUUUGAUUUUUUUGGAACAAUCACUUGGGGCGCUCCUUCGACUCGAACCAUGGCGGUUGUUUCCCCCCUCCGAUUAGACGUGAUUCACUCUCGUCCGCCGGCGUCUAUUCCGGCGGACGAUGCGCGUCUCGGCGACACAGCGGCGACUUCGCCGCAGGACUCGCGGCGAAGAGGCGGCGGCUGCCUGCAGCCAUCACUGCUGACGGCCGAGCGACGAGGAUGUAAACGGCGGCGAGCUGUGACGGAGAUGGUGCCGAGCGACGCAGCAGAACCAGGCGAAGAACGGGGAGGAGACGGCGGAAGCACUUCAGCGAAACACAAACGCGAGCCGCAGCAGCACGGCGCGCCGAGCCAUUGCGACGCGGACGACGUUCCGAUGGCACCAGAGCAGACGCGGCAGACUGCGCGCAGGCGCGGCAUUACCACUCUGGCAGCGCGGGAGAUCGCACGCGACGCUGGCGAUUCCGCGCUCCCGUCGCAGGCCGACGAUCCCGGGCAGCUCAUGUCGCUCAUGCUCGCCAACGCAUUCUCGAAAGCGCGCGACGACGGCGUCGUUUUGAGCACUGCUAAUACUGCCCCGCGCUUCCGCUGCCCCUUAAUGGCGGGCUUCCCCGGGCCGCCCCGCCUGCAGCUGCCUGCGACAUUCGCGUUCGGCGCAGGAGCCGCCGCGUUUGGCGCACGCAGAGCUGGUUUUGCCGCAGCAGGUGAAAACAACGCCGCAGUCGCUGGACCGUUGCUCCCGCCGCCGAUGCUGUUCCCUCCCCCACCUGCCCACUCCGCGCGCCAGAGUACGCUAUUCCGCCACUGCGUGCUGCCUCACCCAAUGGCUGCCGCACUAUUCAACCAUUGGGUGAAUGGCGUCGCUUUCACUGACGCUGUCAAUAAAGGAAUAACUGGCGGCAGUCGCGGGUUCUCGUGCACCAUCUGCCGUCGCACGUUCCCCACAGUGCACGCGCUGGGAGGCCACAAGACCAUGCACCGCAAGCACACCAGCAGCCGCAGCAGCAGCAAGAAUGGUGGCAGCAGCAGCAAGAACGGCGGCAGCAAUCUUAACGGAAGCAGCAGCCUGCUAAGCCGCCGACUCAAACCUGCGCCAACCUCGCCACAGCGCGGCUAUAAGAGAUUCAAGGUUGCUGAUGACUCCUCCGCGGCGAAAACAGAUGAUGCUCGCCAAAACUCUUCAAAAUCCCCUCCAGCUGCUGAUAUCUCCGCGACUGAAGCCGCUCCUCCGACCCCCCCAUUUACGCCAACAAAGGAAGACGCAGUGCCUGUUUCAUGGCCCCAAGCAGGGGCUGCAUUGGACCCUGCAGGGGAGAAUGCUGGAGAGAUCCCCAGUCCCGAGGGCCCUGGGGUGAAUGGAGGGGCGUGUGAUGGGCUUGUGAGGGCGCAGCUGAAGCGGGCUAUCAAGGAGCGGCUGCUGCAGACACGCCUGGUGCAAAGGGCACAAGGUGGGGGAAUGCUGUCAGAACCACCUCGUGUGGAAUCAGAUGCGCGUGACGAAGGAUCUUCAGGUAUUGCGAGUGGCAAAGGAGGCGCAGACAUUGCAGGCUGCGAGCUGUCUGCAGGGGUGCUUGCUGCAAUGCGCAUUGGCGUGACUGCUGACUUGAACUGCCUACCGAAGGUCGUUGUGGCAAAGGGCAUCGAGAUGGAGGAUGCCGAUUUCGAGUUACAUGGGUUUGAUGCUUGUUUUGACAAACCGAAAAGCCCGGGUUCUCCUCAAGAGGGCCAUGGUUCACAAGAUUGCUUCACCAGGAGUGUUUCAAGAAGUGCCAGUUACAAAUUCAAGUCAGCAGCUCAUAUGAGAACACGGACAGUUGCUGCUACUUCAGCCGGCACCGGCAUCAACAUGGCAUGGGAAGAUUUGAAGAUGGGAGUUAGGGAAUGCCCCAUGGGGUCUUUAGAUUUGACUUUGCGCUUAUAGUAGUUACAUAGGGGUAUACAUAUUGUGAUGAAAACGAUUUCAAAUGAG